AUGAAAAAAUCUCGGAAUCGCGAGCCCGACCGACUGCUUUUACCGCACGAAAGAAAACGAAACUCAAAUAACUCAAAGUUUGACGCUAUUGACGAGUAAAAUUAGUUUCUCAGAAUAAAUCUAAAUUUAUUACUGACGAUAGUAAAUCCACGAAGUGUAAUUACCGUUGAGGUGUUAAUUAGAUUACGAGAGGAGGAAUUGGAAUCGAAAGGACGAUCUAAUAAACCAUCCAUCCAUCCCGUAUCAGUGAAUAUCAUCGUAUCUUAACUUGUCAUGUUCCCGUGCGUAUGUUCAGUCAUGAAUUUAUCUUUGUGAUGAGCAAAUUGAUUCGUUUAUGUGACAAAGCUGAAGCGGUGGCUCCCAUUCGAGGCUAUUAUCCUAUUCGUUGUUACGUUUGGUCGCGCGGGUCCGGGAACUAGGCGGCAGGCGCGCUCGGGUUAGUCGCCGCGGGGCUCCGGCACAGUAAAUACGGAGUCGCUAAUCCUCCUCCGCAUCAUUCAACGGAACAAUUGCGAUUUGAAAAUGGUGCAGCAAGAUUUGACCUAGGUCACUCGCAGUGCCUGGUACUCGUGGAGAAUGGCUGGCCGCAGCUCGCUGGUGUGAGCUCUGAAGCAGCUGAACUGUCUCAGUGGAAGUGAAGUGAAGUGUAGUCAGUAGGCGGUGUGUUGUGUGUGCGUGAGUGUUGAGCCGGGAUGCCCUCCGUGAUGUUGUCGGCGGUGCUUGAAGAGGAGCCCGACCUGUACGAGGCAUUCCCCCCACAUGUGGACCCCACCGGGAUCACCAUCCUCACUGACAGCCCCCCGGGCAAGAAGGCGCCGCUCAAGACCUUCGACGAGGUGCAGCCGCUGCUGCAGCAGGCCCGCAAGCGCGAGCUCAAGCUGCUCAUCCGCGACAACUCGUGGCCCAUCAACAGCCCCGUGCGCGCCGCGCUGUGGCCCGCGCUGUGCCGCCAGCACCAGCACGGCAAGUCCAUGCUCGACGGCUUCUACUGGGACAUGGUCACGCAGGUGUUCGGCACAGUAGAGCUGCCAGACAAGCCGAUCAUGCUGCCCCCCUUCGUCGAGGCCACCCACUGCCUCGGGUACCACCUGACGCGCAAGGGGCGCGCCGUGGCGGACCGCGUCGUGUCGGUGCUCGGCUACGCGUGUCCCGACAUCACGUACAGCCCCUCGCUGUACCCCAUCACGGCCGCGCUGCUGCACUUUAUGCCCGAGGAGGAGUGCUACCACUGCAUGGCGUCGCUGGUGGCGUCCAAGGAGAAGAUGUUCAUCACGCAGACCAAGCUGCUCAACGAGGUCACCUGGAAGACCGUCAUGCAGAUCGCCAAGAAGCAUGCCAAGUCAGCCGCUCAGCACCUCUCAAGACUGUCGGGGGCCAUCGGGCCAGAGCGCAUCUACGCGGACUGGCAGUGGUGGAUCCUGGCAGCCCUACCCUUCCCGCACCUCGUCAGAGUACUGGACUGUUUCUUCCAUGAAGGAAUUAAGGUGUUCUACCGCGUAGCGCUGGCCAUCCUGAUCCUGUUCCAGAAGCACUCGUCCCAGCCCGGCUCGGAGUGGCACGCCGAGGCGACCAAGAACGGGGUGGACCACGCCGUGGACAAGUUCUGCAAGAACAUGCCCGCCUCGCCCACCAAGCUGCUGCGGACCGCGUUCAGUAUACGCGCUCUGAGCUCACAGUACAUAUCCAGGGUGUUCAUAAAGACUGAGAUGACGCUGAAGUCGAAGCAGGUCAUCACCGGCUCCCGAUUGGUCACCCGCUCCUGGUCGUCCGACAACCUGCCCACCAGCCAAUCACAAGUCAACAUACAGAUGAUGUCGCACACACUCACCAUACGAGAGAGAAUGUCUGAGGAAACGUGCAAACAGAUGGGCUCGCACUCGCCGGGGCCGCGCGCCCUGAGCAUGGGGGUGUAUCCCAUACAGACGAUCACGUCGCAGAUACUUGACCAGAGCGAACUCUUCACCCUCUGGUCAUGGCUGCCGGUGCGCAUCACGAUGUACCAGCCCGUGCUGCUGUACACCACGGAGGAGCACGGCUGCUCGCUCACCACGUUCUACGUGCGCGUGGAGCACCACGAGCCCACGCUGCUCAUGAUCAAGACCACCAACAACGAGGUGUUCGGAGCGUACUGCUCGACGCGCUGGUUCGAGCGCAACCAGAAGGACGAGCGCGGCAACCGGCAGGCCUACUUCGGCACCGGCGAGACCUUCCUCUUCAGCUUGCACCCGGUCCGAGCUAAGUACCCGUGGGUGGGCCUGUGCACGGAUGAAGAGAAGCCGGUUCUGCCGGGGGACGCCCCGGUAGUGAAGCCGUCGGCUCAUGCGACUUCCUUGUUCAUGGCCGCCGACGGCAAUAUGAUCACGGUUGGCGGAGGGGACGGCCAAGCCAUAUGGAUGGACGAGAACAUUCGGUUCGGCAAGACAGACCGCUGCUCCACAUUCAACAACCCUCCUCUCUGCCCGAGCGGGGACUUCGAGAUACGCGUUCUAGAGGUCUACGGCUUCUCCGGAGCGUAGGGCGCCAUCUAGCGGACAAGAGAAGCAAUCUCUACCUUAGCCGUGUUACAUAAAUGUUGUUACGGUGUCGUCGUAUCCCAAAAGUGUGAUAUUUGUGUUAUGUAGGUACGUAUGGUGGUCGCGGAGCAAUAAGUACGCUAGAUUUAAAGGAUAAAAGACGUAUUUUUUAUUUUAUCUAAUGUGAGUAUCGCUUAGUUCGCCUGAGCUGCCACUAGAUGGCGGCGCUGUGCAGUAAAGCGAUUGGAUAGUUAAGUUUGUGAGGCAGAAUAAGAAGGCAAUAUAGGGUGCUUAUUACUCUGAGACAUAUUGUCCGAUCGCCGCUUAGGCAGCGCUGUGUUCGUGUAUGUAUCAAAGCUGUAGACAUGUAUGUCCCGACGUAACGGUGUAUAUUAUGUGCCUCUCGUUCUGUACUGUGCUGUCCGAGCAAGACAACGAAAUUAGGGGAACCACCGGCGUCCCGCUAUGUAAUGUCGCAUGUUUAAAGACCAUUGUGUAAGUACAAAUGGAGCUACGGCAUUUGUGAAACGUCUGUGCGCUCAUUCAAAUAUCGAUCUUAGCUAUGGUCCUUAAGGUUCACAUCAACCGCUACUCUUUGCAUGACACUCACAGACGUGUCAUAAAGGUCGUAAGUCCAGAUUUUUCUUGUUGGAUAAAUACGCUUAAUGUAAGCAAUAUGUACCCACGUCUAUUUGUCUCUCAGUGUUGAUCAAGGCCUAGAUGUGUACGCGUUAGGUUUACGGUUCUGGACAACAGCGGUGCGGGAAAGAGAAAGAACAUUCCAGUGAAAGGGAGCCUCGCACGUGAUUGGUCGAUGCGCUUCAAACAGAUUCUCGGUUUGGAGAGGGCAAUUCAAAUUUUAUACUUCUCCUGAAGGGCUAGCACGGGGCGCAAUUAAGACGUGACAAAAGUUUUACAUCGCGCUCAUACACAUGGCACAGCCUCAAGAGCGAGCGCGACCGAGAACUUUUAUCACGACUUAAAUGAUACCCGUGCUAGACCUCCAGAGGUUAUAAGGCUCGUUGUCUGACAACAUUGUUUGUUCUUCGAAAUAUGUAGAUGAAGUUGAUGUUUUAAAGCGUUUUAAUACAUUUGUUGAUAAUGAAGCUGGCGCGUUGACCCGCAUAUGACAAAUCAAUCUAUUGGCUUGUAAGAUAAAAAUUGAUUCGGUCCAUUAAGCAGUAUUCGGUGUUAUAGUAUGAAGUAUCUUCAGUAGUAGGCGCUUGUAGGUUCACUUUUACUCGGCCCAGGAACAUAUGUAGUGUUUGCUCACAAAAAUGUACCAAAGAUAUACCUAUAAUUUCAAUAUGGACACUGCCAUUUGAAUUGGUUACAAGUUAAGUAUUAAUUGAGUGCCAAAAUUGGACCACACGAAAUAGCCGUUUUGGCUACGCAAUAAACCUUUCAUUUGCUUGAACAUUCGGAAAUAAAUUAUAUCUGAAAGUGAGUAAUUGGCCUAAAAUACGAAUAUCUACGAUUUAGAGUUAUUUCACCCGCAGUCUUUCAUUCACUUUAUUUUUAGUUCUAAGUGUUAUUUAUAGGUGUCACAGAAUAGGAAAAUAUCAAAUAAAAUAUAUAUUUUUGUUAUUCUUUGAAUGUGUAAAAUGUUUCAUUUGAAGGCAAUCUUUUAGAUAACCGUUUUCUAUAGCUGGCAAAUUAUUUUGCGUCGUAACUUUGUUACUGAUUUUAGUACCUACAUUUAUAAACAUAAUUAUAUUUUUUUACACAUGUAUAUUGUGUAGUAUUGUUUUUAUUUUGACGAAGCUAUGCGUGGUGAAUUUAUAUGUAACUUGUGCAACACGUUGCUUUGGUAUAUACUGAUCUAUUCAUAAACAUAUCCCUUAUAGUACAAAGGGUUACUUCCUCAGGCCAUAUCAUGUAAUGCUUUUUGUACGGAAUCAUUUCAACAUACUGGUAAAUAAUGCUUUAUAAAAACACAUUGCCAGUAUAAAAAUAUAAUAUACUUAUGGUAAUGUUGAAAAUUCAUUAUUUUCCAGUAAACACCUGUUUUAAUUUAUAAGCGGGUGUAUGAGGUAUUAAAACUUUAAAACACAAGUCUUUUGCCAAGAGGCUGCUUGUAUUUUUUUUGUGAAUAAGAAUAGUAUUUAUUUGAAUAUUUAUAUAUUUUGUUUUGACCUAAACGUUAUAUGAAGUAGAUUAGAUUACGUUUGUAUUAUAUAAUUUUAAUUCGUAAAAAUAGGUCCUUUUUGUUGUAACUUUUGUCACAAUGUGACAAAUUUGUCUGUCACAAAAAUGGAAGAAUGUCUAUUGUUUAGCUCGCCUUGUAAAAAUGCUUCCCGGAUGCGUAGGUACUCUUCGUACAAUACCUAUGUAAUUCCAAUAAGACAGUCGAUAUCUGUGUGGAAUAUUUGAUUAUUGUGAACUAAUACAGAUAUAAUUAGCUGUAAUUAUUAGUCUUUCGUUAAAUAAGGUUGCCGUGUAUAUGAAUUUGUUAAUGCUCAGCCUGUUAUUUAUCGAAAUUUUGUGCCCUAACCUGGCCACACUAGUGCCUGUGGGGAAUCCUAGUCGGAUUCCACUUUUAGUCUAUCUAUAAAACUGCGAUUGUUCCAAAAAUGUAGAUGCAUAUGACUUGUUUUCAAUUCAGAUUUAUUUAAGUUAUUUAUUGAAUAUGUAGGCAGCGUAUGGAUUUAUCUAAAUGUUGUGAAGUCACCCCGCGGCCGCCAAGAUUUUAAGUAUUGUUAUAAAUUAAAUGUCGUAAACUCAAUGUGUAUGUUUGUGAGUGCAGUGUCCUGAGACUAGCGAGUAGGGUGGGGCCGCGGGCAGCCGUUAGCUAAGGUUUAGUUGAUCAGUGUACAGUCUAGUCUUACCCUGUUAUUAUUAUUAUACUACAUACAUAUUUACGAAAUGAUAUUUAAAUUUGCGCUAUCGUAUCCUGCUAUGGACUGUAGGUGGUUAGUUAGUUUGUAAGUACAUUCUAAUGUAAAGUUUAAUGGUUAUUAAUCUCCGUUCUCCUUUCAGUAUUUGUGGUGUAUAUUUUUUAUCUCAGGCGAGCAUAUCUCAUGUUAUUUGACAGUGUGCGAGGCUUGGGGCGCGGGGCUUGCAGCUUCCAUGUAAUAAUUGCAAUAUGAGAAGCAUCCUGCGCCCGUCGGUUGUGCGUGUGCGAAUGUGUAGGUAAACAUGUUUAUGGUAAAUGUAAAUGUUGCUUUAUGUCUACAAAAUAUAUACCUAAUCACGUAUAAA